AAUGAAUUCAGGCAUGUUAAAUGUCCUAGUCAGCACACAGAGAAAUCACGUCACACGGAUCAAGGGCACAGCUCACAUCACAUCCACUGCCUGACUGGGUUGACUGACUGCCGCAUGGCAUGCACUCAAUUAAAUGAUCUUCUGCGUCUGGAAGAAUCUGGUGAGGUGGUAGAUUUGCAGGACGGUGCAGGUGACGGUGAGGAUGACCUGCGCGGCCGAGAACCACAUGACGCGCGAGCCGAUCACCUCCGACGCGUAGGCGAACUCCUCCUCUUGCAGCUUCUCGUAGUCGUUCUCGGCCGAGACGGCCUCCGCACGGUCCACCAGCUUCUUGACCGACAUCUGGAUCGUGUUCAGAUGAUCCUUCUUGGCUACCUCCUAAACCGCAACCACACAAUCAAAUCAACUGUGUGGUGCAGUGAUGGCCAUGUCAUGCGCACCUCUGGGUUGAUGUCUGAGUCGCCGAGCUCUAUGGAGAAUGUCCACUUGAGCAGUGAUGUCGAGAACCACUUGGAGGACUGGCACUUGAUGCACACCUUGUACUCGCCGUUCUGCGUCGUCAGGUGCGCCACCUUGCCCUUGGGCUCAGCAGCCAGCACCUCCUUCGAGAACACUUGGCGGCCCCUCGGAUCUUUGAACACGAUGCUGCACGACACACCUGCACACAUACACGCAGAGGAUCACACAGCAGGCGAGGUGAGUGAGAGUGAGUUUGUCUUUGCUGGCUGCUGCAGGUCAUUGACCUGGGUUGUCCGGGUUUGAGUAGGUGGUGGUGAUGACCUGAUUGGCCGGCACGUUCUCGAGAAAGCACUUCUCGGCACCCUCAGAGACGUAGAAGUAAGCCGCACGUGAGAGGCACAGGCAGUAGAAGAGGACGCAUGACCACAGAUAGACAACACAUGAAGGUCUUGGUGAGCCCCUGCAUAGCCUCCGGCGUUCCAUGAUCUGUGAGAACGGCAAGGCAGGCGCUGGACGAUAGAUGGCGGGCUUCUUCGCUUCUUUCGUUGCGGCGUUUCUUUCGCACAAGAGAUGAGAACACCAGCGCUGCACGACGCGUACUCUUGGGGAGAUUGCCUGUUUC